AUGCGUCUUCUGGCACGAUGAAAGAUUUUGUCACGGGAUAAGCAGCAAUUCUAUGUAGGAGACUCUGAACUGCUGUUAAUAUCUUUUUAAUUACGGUAUCUCACACCAACAAUUGACUGACUUAGUGGACCGAAGAGAGCGAUGUCAGCUUCCACAAUCGAAAUGCAUUGAUUACUUGUGACGGGGUCAUAAUUUUCGUUACUUGAAAAAAUGUUAUUUCACAAAUUUAAUUUUUUCGGUGAGGUAACGUAAACCAGUGAAGAUAGCACUUGUUCGAGUGCCCUGGGGCUAACUUCAAUGGAUCAUGACGGAAUGUUGUUUACAUUUGAAAGGACAUAAACAAAGUGCGUAUUGUGUUUGAAGACUUGUCACUAAUACUGAUGCAAGCGAAACGAAGGUUUGCGUGUUCUACUAAAAUAUUGCCGUGAUGCGCGCUGAUGACUUUUGAGAUAGAAAGAUACAUAGAGGAGGAUUAAAGCACACGAACAGGAAAAAAAGGAUUCACUUUCGAAACUAUAAGGAGAACAAGUCGGCGUCAAAUGAGCGACGGCCCGAAAGAAGGCGUGAAGGAGGUGUGUAUACUCGAGGCAUGUACAAACUUUGACAUGGAGUCAAAUAUAUCCACAUCAAAGAUUGCUCAGGAUUUUGAAGGAAUAACUCUUGCAAAGAACACUGCUAUGCGUAGAAGAAGGCAUUCAUUGUUCGAGACAAAAGAGUCGCCCAAGAUACGAGAGGGAGACCAUGGUGUCGCCGUCAUGACACAUGCUGAUUAUCCUUUGCGGAGUCGCUCGAAAUCCCUUCCGUUCGAACCUGAAAAGCGAAAGAUUCCAAUUGGAUUCGAGCAAGAAAACGUCAGAAAGCUUCUCCAAGAGGUUUUGGAGAGUAAACUUACAGGAAGAAGUUACGUAGCGAGCGAAUGCGCAGCGUUAACACGAGAACUAGUAAACAUUAUGCGCGACAAAGUUGCAGCACUCGAUUUGAACAAGUACAAAUUUAUUUGUACUUGCUGUAUUACGCAGAAACUCAAACCGCCUCUUGCCAUGCAAAGUGGCUGCGCCUGGGAUGAAAGCACGAUAGGGAUUGAUAAAGACGGUUUCGCUGAAUUUGUUUACAAGAACGACGAUCUCAUCGCAGUUGCUACGGUCUAUGGAGUUCACGCUCAGAAGAGGACGCAAAGACAGAGAUGCAUAAAGAGUAUCAAGGGAUCCAUUUACUCGCCCAUCCCAGAGUGAACCUUCCAAGGAAAAUUUUGCUUGCAGGGAACAGGUGAUAUCAAUUCCCAUAAAGGACAUUAAAAAUAUGAGACUGGCGAAUGUAAUAAACAACUGUUUCCUCGACAGUGCUGGUCUAACGAUACUGAUGUAAAAUGUUUUUGUAACUGAAGUAGUUAAAAUAACAAACUAGUUGACAAAAGUGACAAACGUUACGUCUUGAAUUUUCGAUUUGUUUUGGACAAUCAAUAUCGUAAACGAUGCGGAUAAUGGUCGAAUAAUAGAGUUCUUGCUAUGAUAUGUAUUAAAUCAUGUCGUAGUCUUCGCAAGACUAAUCCAAAAAGGAACAAAAAACACCUACAUUUCUAACAUUUGAUGCAAAAAUUGUCUGUUACAAAAACGGUCGAAAAAAGUAUAUUUUGAAUACAUAAUCAGAAAAUAAUGGAUUUGAAGCUUCCGUACUUUGUUAGCUGACGAGUUGAUGUAAUAAUAGAUGAUUGACGGCUCUCAAGGCUACGAACUAAUUAUGCCGUGAUAACAACUCUUACGUCGGGGCAUGUGAUAAGUCUUACGUCGAGGCAUGUCACGAAGUACGUGUCAAGCUCGAUUAGUCCACUGUCUUUAAAUAGCAUCACCAUGGCUCCUACAAAAGUAUUUAAAUACCUCUUAGCUCCAUAGAUCCAUAUAUUUUUGCCACUUUUGGUAUUUUUCCUCAACUGUCACCAGUGUACAGCUUUUUUACUUCAAGUACCAAUCGCUUAUUGACCGGCUGGCCUAAUAAGGAAGACACUUAUAAUUAUCCUAUGAGCCGACUACUUGCUUAUGUCAGUAAGUAAAGCGUGAAAAACGUUUCUGCAUUGAUGUGAUGAUAUUUUACAACAGCUGGCUCACCAAAGUAGACAUUCUUAAAGGCAAAGCCAAUGCUGUUUAAGGUGGCUUUUACGUUUACUAAUAGCUGGUUACCGACUUAUUUACAAAUAUUUCGCUUAGCUGAAUAAUCGGUUAGUCAGCAAUAGCAAUGUUUCCUCAUAAUAUACGUUACACCUUUGACUACAAGAUUCAGAUUGACAUGGUUUACUAAGAGAUUAGUACGCAUACAAACGAUUAAGAAAAAAGUUAAUUUCAGUUAUCAGAUGUUUGUUUAUAAGGAUUUGAUAUUUUCAUAUCAGUUGAUCUCAACUUCAGGGGGUUGAAAUUAAUACACGUAACUGUAACCUUAGUGUCACUCAGGUGGAUGUUCAAAAUUUUCCCAUUAACCCUUUAACUCCCAGAAGUGAUCAACAUAAAACUUCUCCCUACAAUAUCCAUACAUUCUUCAGCAAACAGGUAAUGAGAAUAUUCAAACUUAUCAGGUAGAAGCUGCUAUCUUGAUCUAGCAUCAAGUUCCCAUAACUAAUUUACAAGGAAAUGUUUAGCAGCUACAGGGGAGAAUUAACAAUCAGAUCUUGUGAGUUAAAGGGUUAAUUGAAAGAAACAAUCAGAUUUACAUGCAUAUGGUGGGUGGAAAGUUGAGAUCAUAAAUUGUAUUAACUAGAGUGCAUCUCGAAUGAUUGUCAUAAAACCCAAAUCAAAGUAGUCGCAACAGCCAAUCAGAACCAGGGAAAAUAUCGCAAGGAGCCAGUGAGAACGCAAAGUAAUAAGAGACAAACUUUAUAAAACGCGGGAAAACGCAACAGACAAAGGCGUGAUUGCUUUCAGCUCUGAAUCUAAAAACGUGGACAGAGUGGUACCAAACACCAGGUACAGUUGAUCAUGAUUAUUUUGGUUGCAAUGAAGAGACUUACAGGUCCGCACUACUUAUUAUAGGUUGAA